UGCUGCCCCCUGCCGGGCCGCGCUGGGAACUGCGCGGCCGCCGGCGGCGGGGAGCGGCCGUGGCGGCGGGAGCCGCGGCCAUGAGCGCCGCGCUGGUGGGCUACAGCAGCUCCGAGGAGGAGCAGGAGCCGGAGCAGGAAGCGGGGAGCCGGGGCGGCGGCGCGCAGGGGUCCCCCGGUACCAGCGCCGGCCGCCCCCGCCUGCCCGUGCCCGCCGGGCUGCCGGGAGACCCGGACCCGGAGGAGGCCGUGAGCGAUGACAGCUCCCGGCACGGCGGCCGCGUGCGCGGCUUCCCCCACGAGCGGGGCAACUGGGCCACGCACGUCUACCUGCCCUACGUUGCCCAGGAGGAGUUCCUGGAGCUGCUGGAGCUGCUGGUGUCCCGCGCCCGCGCCUACGUGCCGUCGUUGGCUGCCAUGGAGGAGUUCCACCUGAGCCUCUCGCAGUGCGUGGUGCUGCGCUACCACUGGAUCGAGCCCUUCGUCCGCUCGCUCAGGGAGCGCCUGGCCGCCUUCCACAGGUUCUUCUGCGUGGCUGACCAAGUGAAGGUUUACACCAACCAGAACAAAACCAGGACCUUUAUUGGCUUGGAGGUCUCUGCUGGGCAUUUCCAGCUGCUGGAGCUGGUCUCAGAGGUGGAUGGCGUUCUGGAGGAAUUUGACCUUCCCACAUUCUACAAGGACCCGUCGUUCCACAUCAGCUUGGCCUGGUGCGUCGGGGACCUGUCUGGCAGGCUGGAAGGGCAGUGUCUGCGGGAGCUCCAGGACAUUGUGGAUGGGUUUGAGGAGUCAGCGUUCCUGCUGCGUAUCCAAUGGGAGCAAAUCCGCUGCAAGUCGGGGAACAAGUACUUCUCCUUCCCCCUGAGGUAGGGGCGGGUGGGGCUGUGCCUUCUGGAGCCUGGAAGAGCCUGACAGUGGAGCAAGGACCGUUGUCUGGCACAGCUCUGCGUGGCGUGGGCUGUCACGCACCUCUGCGCUCUUCUUGCCUGCUCAGUGUCUCUGCGGUGCUUGUGGCCUCAAUCAGGCCACUUCCAGUUCGAGCUGCUGGCUGAAGAAAAGUGUGCUUGUAGCAGAUUUCAUCCUCGCUGCUGGAUGUGCUGCAGUCAGCACUGGCGGUUCCAGAGAUCCCACGGUCGCUAAUUUCGCUGAUUUUUUUAAAAAAAGAAAAAAAAUCUUCAAAAGCCAUAGAUGCCUUAUGGGAAGGAGGAAGAAGGUAGCGUGGGAAGCUGCUACUAAAGGGAGAGUGUCUCACACAGUGGGAAGUAGCACUGCCAGAUUGUUGGGAGGCUCUGGGCAUGUUUUGAGUAGCAAGAGGGAAGGACAUGGAGCUGGAUCCUCUUCCCUGAGUGUUUUCCUACUGUAAGCCAGCUCAGACAAGCUCCUGAGUCAUGUUGUGUCCCUCUCACGCUGCUGCUGCCUCUGUAGAGACAUUUGAGUGUCUGAUCCUUUUGCCAAAGGACAAGAGCUUGCUGCCAGGUGUGGGUGAGCCCUGGAAUGGACAGUGUCAGUGUUUGCC